AGCCGCAGCGCCGCCUCCAGCCUCGCGUCUCCGCAUCCGCCGCCGCCGCCGCCUCUUCCUCCGCCUCCUCCUUCGCCUCUUCCUGCCUCCGCCCGGCUUCCGCCGCCGCCGCCGCCCGCCGCCCGCAGCCCGGCGCGCCGCCCGCCGCCGCCCGUGACGGUUUUCCCGCCCGCCGCAGCCUGCCGACACCACGGCGAUCCGGGCGGGCCCCGCAGCAAUUCUACCCCCUCGCCGGCCUCGCACUAGUGUCGCAUGUCCACUAUCCAGAACCUCCAAUCCUUCGACCCCUUUGCUGAUGCAACUAAGGGUGACGACUUACUCCCGGCAGGGACUGAGGAUUACAUUCAUAUAAGAAUCCAGCAACGGAACGGCAGAAAGACUCUGACGACUGUUCAGGGCAUUGCAGAUGAUUAUGACAAAAAGAAACUUGUGAAAGCCUUCAAAAAGAAAUUUGCCUGUAAUGGUACUGUGAUCGAACAUCCUGAGUACGGGGAGGUUAUUCAGCUUCAAGGUGACCAGAGGAAAAAUAUUUGCCAGUUUCUUUUGGAGGUUGGCAUUGUGAAGGAGGAACAGCUUAAGGUUCAUGGAUUCUAAAAUGAACCUAAAUACCUGGAGAAUUUAAGUAAUUUUGUUCUCUAAACACAGUUUGGCUGCCUUGUGAAAUGAUCCUCUGCAGUAAACGGACUUUUCAUGUAUUUAAUCAUUCAAACUUCCAUUCAUGUCUGCAUGGUUACAGAAAACAUGGGGUAUGUAGGCUAGUCACACAUAAGAAAAUCGCAGUAAGAUGGUAACGAAACCCCGUAUUCAUCUUAACAUGUUUCCAAUGGAAAAUAUUUUGUUUUUGGAGUGUUUAUUUGUUUAUUGUUCAGUUUAUUACUUUUCACUCAAUUAAAUGUUUUUUUGUUGUAUUAAACCAUGUAUGUUGCAGCUUAACAAUAAAAAAAAAAAAUCUAUGAA